AGCCGCUUCUGGUUCUAUUUUCUUUUUCUCUUUUUAUCGAUUAAAAGCCCGAGCCUCAUCCUCUUUAUCUGUUUUGCUGUGUAUGUUUUCAUACAUUACAGGACACGGUAAAGAGAGACAGAGAAAUUGAGAAAGAGGAUAUAGAGGGAAGGAUCCAGCCUGAUAAAUUACCAGUAUGACGAAUUUGUAAAGGGGAACACAUAUCCUCACCUGCCGGCAAAUAUGUCAACAAGGGGCAUGAUGAUUUAAAAGGACAACCCGGUCGUUAAAUUGAGCAGAUAACUAACAAGAUAAGCAUCAUCAAUUAUGCUAACCUACUGUCUGACAUACAGGCCUGUACUAUCCGCGUAGUUUUUAUCUGUCGUCGCUCGCGUACGCAUUUCCAUCAUUUCACUGCUUUGGUCACAAUCUCGUGCCCUUGCCAUUUCACGCAGUGUGACGUGGUUCUGACAUGUCUGACUGCUGUUCCCGCCAUGGAGGUCGCCAGACGCAUAGGACUGAAAGGAUACUUUACCGGACAUUGAUAAGCACGCCCCCGGCUUGGGUUGAUAAGGGGAGUAUAAAAACAUGGUUGUGAGGAACAACUCCUAUUCCGGAAAGUCUGUGCUUUGACAAACCCAAACUCAGCCACAGCCUGUGUAGUUCUUAUUGUUUGUGGGCUUAAUGGGUCUGGCACUGUCUGGCUGGCUAGGUGGUUUCCCAGCCGAUAUGAAGAAGGAUCCUCCAUCCUCUUCCUCCUUCCUCCACCUGUCCAUCCUUGCCUCUUCCCGCCUUUCACUUCUCCUAAACUCUGCUCCUGUUGCCCUUGGAGACCCCCGGUCCCGCUGGAGCCAUGCACACUGUUCACCUCACUUCCUUCUGUCCUCGUGUGGGGAGGAAUUGACACGCACACCCACCCAGCAGAGCAGCGAUGGUGCCCGGGGGGAGAAGGGAGUGAGGAGAGGACUGCAUGUGUGGGAGGUGCUGUGGAGCCCGGACCACAGAGGAAGUCAUGCUGUGAUUGGUGUAUCCACUGAGCACUGCCCGCUGCAAACCUCUGGUUAUACUGCGUUGGUGGGUGUGGACUCACAGUCCUGGGGAUGGGAACUCACAACCAAUCAGCUGUGGCACUCAGGGCAAACCUUGGGGAGGUAUCCUGCGGAGAGAAGAGAGCAGGUGGGAAAUAAAUCUGUCUCCCACCCUCACCCUGUUCCGAAGCGCAUGCUGCUGGUUCUGGAUGCAGACGCAAGAACUCUGGGAUACGUGGUGGAGGACUGCUUCCUGGGCGUGGCCUUUAAGGACCUCCCCCGAGGGGUGGAGCUGUUUCCGGCUGUCAGCAGUGUAAGAGGUGGAUCAACCAUACGACUACGCUACUUGAACGGAGCUGCCCGUGAGCCUGCUGCAUUGAUGGCUCUGUGUGGUCUGUCCAUUCAUCUGUCCAUGGGGAAAGAGAGGGAGAAUCAGACAUACAGACUGCCUCUGCCCCCUCUUCUUCAACGCUACCUAAUGCCUAGUGUGUGACUUGCACACACAUACACAUGUACAAACACACACGCACACACUAUAUUGAGUGAAUAGGAAUGUGCUCAUUGAUGCAAUAUCCAUUAACUGCUACAUUAUAAAACAGUUUCACUAUUUAUUAAUUUUAGUUUACAAUACAUACUUUACUUAUUUAUUACCAUUAUUAUGCUGCUGUUUUAAAUUAAUAGUACACUUUACAAUAGUAAAACAAAUGUUGUUAUAAAAUAUACAUGUUGUUAUAUUAAUGUUAUUUAUAAAAUGUCUGAUAUUACAUUGUGCCAUCUAUUCUGAGUCAUCUUUACACACUCUGAAAUGGGAAGACAGUACAAAACGUGCUGUAAAUGGUUAAUUAGUUAUGCACAGAAAUACCCAACAUUUACAGCUGACAGUUUGCACUUUAACACCAUAGUUUUAUUUCAGUUUGAAUGUGCUUGAGUCAAAUAAUGACAAAAUAUGCCACUUUACUAAUACUUUUGUAAUAAACUUUAACUUAACAAUAAAAAUAUCAACCAUCUUUGGUGUUAACUCGUUAACUAGAUUUCAAAUUGCUGCGGUGAAUGUGAUGGGCGGGACUUGCCGGAUGUGUCUUUCUAAGUUAAUUUGAAACAUUUCUGUAAAGCCUAUAUUGACUUAUUGAUGAAUAAACA